AUGGAAACAGCAGAAGUGGAAGAACGUGUGGAUCUACUGAAUGAAGAAGAUGAAAAUAAAGCAAUAAAGAAGGAAGAAGAUGAAGAUGACGGUUACCUCUAUGGAGGAACAUCAUCCAGUGUGGAACAUCAAGAGAAUGAAGGUUUCCAGAUACAACCUGAAAUAGAGGAAGACUCUGAAGAUAAAGAUAUGAACACCAUCUUCUCCUGCUCCUUGUGUCCAGCUUCCUAUACGUCCCAGAUGUACCUUCUCAAGCACGUUAAGAGACGCCAUUAUGAUAUAUGUGAGACUCUGGUUAAGUCUGAAGAGAUGGAGGAUGAAGAUCUGAUGCCCGACGAACGCCCGAGUAGCCCGCAGACGUCCUUCGAGAAGCCCCACCACUGCUUAGAGUGCGGGAAGAGCUUCAAUCGAGAAAGUGCUUGCCGAAACCACCAGCGCAUUCACACCGGAGAAAAACCGUAUCAGUGCUCGCACUGCGGGAAGAGUUUUACCGAUCAGAGUGCUCUUAAAGUGCACCAGCGCAUUCACACCGGCGAGAAACCGUACUGCUGCCCACAUGUAAGAAGACUUUUAAUCAAGAGAGAGCUUUCAGAGCCCAUCAGCACGUUCACACUGGAGAGAGGCCGUAUCAGUGCUCGCAGUGUGACAAGAGCUUUACGGAUCCAGAGUACUCUCAGAACCCACCGGCGCAUUCACACCGGAGAGAAAGCGUUUCACUGCUCGCAGUGUGGGAAGGGUUUUAAUCAGCAGAGUGCUUUCCGAACCCACCAGCGCAUUCACAUUAGAGUGAAGCUGUAUAACUGUUCGAAGUGUGGAAAGAGUUUUAAUCAGCAGAACGAUUUCACAGCCCACCAGUGCGUUCAAACCGAAGAGAAAGCGUACCAGUGCUCAGAGUGCGGGAAGGGUUUCAAUCAGCAGCACGAUCUUACGGUACACCAGCGCAUUCACACCGAAGAGAGGCCGUACCAGUGCUCACAGUGCGAAAAAAGUUUUACUGAUCCGACCGCUUUUAAGAAACACCAGCGCGUUCACAGCGGUGAGAAACCGCAUCAGUGCUCGCAGUGCGGGAAGUGCUUUACUAACAAAAGUAAUCUAAAUAGUCACCAGUACAUUCACACCGGAGAGAAACCGUUCCAGUGCCUGGUGUGUGGGAGGGGCUUUGCUAACCAGAAUAAUCUUAAAAUCCACCAGCGCAUUCACACCGGAGAGAAACCCUAUUUCUGCUCGCAGUGCGGGAAGAGCUUUACCGACCCAAGUGCUUUCAGAAGACACCAGCGUAUUCACAUGGAAGAGAAGCCAUAUCAGGGGAGUUCUCCUCCGACCGAUGAUGGAGCAGACGACAACUGUGAAAGCUCUGUUGAAACCCUCAUUUAA